AUGAUCGAUUUCGAGCCGUUGAAAUUCGACCCGCCGUCAGGCCCCGUUACAGGAGCGCUCGCGUCUCACAAGCUUGCGGCGCGAGCCGUGGCGAGAUUGAAGUCGCUUCCUGUCGGCGACGUGCGGUUGCUGUGUAACACUGUCGUCGAGGAAAUCGGCGAAAUGACUGGUUACGAUCGCAUCAUGGUGUACAAGUUUCACGAAGACGAGCACGGCGAAGUGCUGGCGGAGUUUCUCAACAACCAGAAGAUCGAAUCGUAUCUGGGAUUGCAUUAUCCCGCCACAGACAUUCCCAUGAUGGCACGGCGCACGUUCAUGGAGAACAGGGUGCGAAUGAUAGUGGACAGCAAGGCGGCGGGGGUGGACGUGUUGCAUCAGGGCGCGCUGCCGGGGGGCCUGUCCCUGGCGCACAGCACGGUGCGCAUGGUGCGGUCGUGCCACCGCGAGUACAUGGCCAACAUGGGCACCCUCGCGUCUCUCGUGCUAGCCAUCACCGUCAGCACGGGCACGGUGCGCAUGGUGCGAUCAUCAUGCCACCGCGGGUACACGGCCAGCAUGGGCACGCUCGCGUCUCUCGUGCUAGCCAUCACCGUCAGCACGGGAAGUUUGCACUGCCUCUCUGCUUUUAUUGUACCUUCCCUCCCUCCCUCCCUCCCUCCCUCCCUCCCUCCCUCCCUCCCUCCCUCCCUCCCUCCCUCCCUCCCUCCCUCCCUCCCUCCCUCCCUCCCUCCCUCCCCCCCUCCCUCCUCUCUGCCCCUUUCUUUCCUCCCUUGCGCCUGCUGCAUGCACAGCACACUGUUGCUCCGCAUGCCUCCGCCUCCCUCUCAUGUCCCAUCCAUGAGUCCACGUUCUGAGUCGACUCAAGAAGUCGUACGCCUCCCUCCUUUCAUCAUCUGCUCCUCCUUUCUCUUUCCAACAUCCCACACCACAGGGAAGCAGGGGCGGCAGCAGCUGCAGCAGCGGCGCCACCCAAUGACGUCGCCGGGGCUGGGAAGGCGGUUCGGGCCGAGCCUGGGCGGCGGCUAUGGGGGCUGGUGCCCUUCCACUCCCAACCCUUCCACGCCCAACCUUGGCUGGUGGUGUGUCACCACUGCUCGCCCUGCAUGGUGCCCUACCCCACCCGCUCCGCCUGCGAAUUCGUCGUCCAGGUUCGCCCCUUCCAUCCUGCUUGUCUCCUCCUUUUCCACCUUCCACCCCCAACCCGUCCACUCCCACCUCUUCUAUCCCCAACGCUGGUGUCACCACUGCUCGCCCUGCAUGGUGCCCUACCCCGCCCUCUCUGCCUGCGAGUUCCUCGUCCAGGUGAUGACACCCUUUUCGUCCUGCUUGGCCCCCUCCUUUCCCCUCCCUUCUCCCUCUCCCCUCCUCUCUUUCUGCCGUGUACCUCGCUUACUCCCGUCUUCCCUCCUCAUUCUCUCCAUCCUUUCUCCACCUUUCUCUCCCCACCCCGUCCCUUCCCACCCCAUCCCUUCCCACCCCGUCCCUUCCCACCCCAUCCCUUCCCACCCCAUCCCUUCCCACCCCGUCCCUUCCCACCCCGUCCCUUCCCACCCCGUCCCUUCCCACCCCGUCCCUUCCCACCCCUUCCCUUCCCACCCCGUCACUUCCAACCCCUUCCCUUCCCACCUCGUCCGCUCCCAUCUUACCAACGAAAUGGGUGUUUGCGGUGCAGCUGAGCAAGGAGAUGGGCCUGGCGAAUCAGCUCAAGGCGAAGCACAGAGCAGAUUCCCUGGGGCCCGCCUCAUGAACACCCCUCCUCCGUCUCUCUCCUUCCCCGUACUACCUCACACCUCCUCUACCCCCUCCUGCCUCGUCUCGCUUCACAG